GAAAUCAUAUAUAUAUAAAGUGAAAAAUUCUCAUAUUCUAAUGCGGGUUUGAAGUUGAAGACGUACGUACAAGUUACAACCACCACCAACACAGAUAUGUAUAUCUCUCUUAAGUAGCAUAAAUCCUCCAUUCUUCCUCAAUUGCUUCAACUUGAAGCCUCUAACAACCUUAAAUUACUCGACCACAUCUUAUGAUUUUCUCCUCCCAUCCCCUAAACAAAUCUCUUACCCAACCACAGCUCUCCUCUAAUUCCCUGCACCAUGAAAUACAAUGAAAUCUCCCACUUCAGCCACCCACACCACAACCUCAAGUUCGAGUACUCCGAGGCGCCCUUCAAGUGCGACGGAUGCAAGGAAGCCGGCAUCGGUUCCCGCUACAAGUGCUGCGGAGGAGGAGGAGGAGGAUACGGCGGCGGAGCCGGCAACUUUGACUUGCACACGCAUUGCGCGAUGCCGUCCCCGUCCAUCGUGCAUCCUUUCUACACCAAAUGCUCGUUCCAGUUCCUGAGCAGGGCGCCGGGACAGGUGGCGCGGUACUGCAACGCGUGCGAGAAGGACGUGGCGGGGUUCGUGUACCACUGCAAGUCGUGUGGGUUUGAUCUGCACCCAUGCUGCGCUAAGCUGCCGAUGGUGCUGGAUGAUGGCGAAAUCAAGUUGUACUUGUACAAGAAAGUUAGCGCCCCAUGUCACAGGUGCGGGAGAAAGGGGAGGAGCUGGAGCUACAGAUCGUCUUGCAAGAAGUACAACCUACACGUGGCGUGCGUGAAGGAGAUGCUGGUGGACAGCUGGCACGAAAUCUACUACGGUGGACGGGUGGGGAAUAGCUACUCCAGCAGCAGGAAAUUGGAAACGAGGAUCCCCAGCUUGAGGGCUACACUGCAGACUCACAAUCACAAGAAGAGCAGCAAAGGGAAAGCCCAGAAAUGCUGCGAGGUGGCUGGUUUGGCCUUGCAGUUCGUCAUAUCCGCUGUUCUAGGGGAUCCCACCACCCUUAUUGCUGCUCUCGUUGGUACAUUGAUGUCCAAAUAGUAGUACCGCAUCUCCGCUACAUACCCCCCAUAUUAUAUGAUGAUCAUCAUCCAUCUCUAAAUAAUUAUAAUUAAGCUCAAAAUAAAUUUAACAACUUUAAUUAUAAGAUUAUGACUAAUUAAGUAAGGAUGUAAGUAUAUAUAUAUAUAUACGUCUCUUAAUUUCCUUAAUUAUAUAUAUGAUCCUUGCUCAGAGAUUUGUGGGACCAAUCCAUCUUCAUUUCACU